AUGCGGGUUGAACUGUAUGACAGAGGAAACUCAAAGUUUGUUGUGGAUGAGAUUGCACCGACAGGGGAAAGAAUUGCUUUAAGUACGUGUAGGGUUUCGCUAUCGUUGUGCACAUAUGACUGUGGAUAUUUUCAAAACCUCCAUUAUCCAUGUCGUCAUAUGUUUGUAGCUUAUUCGUAUUGCAGACUAGAUUGGAGGACUUAUGUUGAUAAUGUGUAUUGCCUCAGCACCAUGUUCAAUGUUUAUAAGAUGGGUUUCUCUCCACCAAUUCAUGAUGACUUGAAGCCCUUGUACGAGGGUCCUCAGGUUAUCCCUGAUCCCAUCAUGAUGCGAGUGAUAGUUGGUCGUUUUCAGACUACAAGGAUAAGAAAUAGUAUGGAUGACACUGAUUAUGAUUGCCCAAAGAGAUGUGAUAUGUGUAGGCUUCUAGGAUAUACUAGGAGGCAAUGUCCCUGA